AAGAAGAGAAGGAGGGGGGAGCCGAAGCAGGAAGGAAGGCAGGCACAGAGGGAAGGGAGGGAGGCUGUGAAUGCUAACAAGCCCCGUCGUAAUCAUAUAGGUCCGUAGGGUUUGUUAAAACAUCUUGCAAUGGAGAGCAGCGGGGACCACUAUUAAAGUCCUACUAUGCGCCAGUGCCGCGUCCACCCUGUGCGCGUGCAGCAGCCUCACCGUUGUCGGCACGUUUGAUCAGAGGGAGAGAGAAAAAAAAAAACAACCGUCUUUUUCCUCUCAGUGAAAUGUAUCGCGACUGCUCGGGAUUCACGUUCUGACAAUGGAGAUUGAAAAUAUCGUGGCCAACACGGUUCUCCUGAAGGCAAGGGAAGGUGGAGGAGGAAAGAGGAACGGCCGCAGCAAGAAAUGGAAGGAGAUGCUGAAACUCCCGCACAUCAGCCAGUGUGAGGAGCUCCGACGCACUAUCGAGAGGGACUACACCAGUCUAUGUGAGAAGCAGCCCAUUGGUCGGCUGUUAUUCCGUCAGUACUGUGACACAAGGCCAGAGCUGAAGCGCUGCAUCGAGUUUAUGGAUGCUGUGGCCAUGUACCAGCUAGCUCCUGAUGAGAAAAGGAGGGACUGUGGACUGAAUGUUUUAGACACAUACUUUAAUAAUGGGUCUGCAGCCCAUCUGCCUGACGUGCCCCAGGAUGUCGUCGCCGGGUGUCGGGAGAAGUUAGAACAGAGUCCGUGUAAGGAGCUCUUCAAUGACUGCACCAAAAUAGUUCGUGAUUAUCUGAGUGGAGCUCCAUUUUCCUCCUACCAGGAGUCCAUGUACUUCUCUCGCUUCCUGCAGUGGAAAUGGUUGGAGAGGCAACCAGUAACCAAAAAUACCUUCAGACAUUAUAGAGUACUAGGAAAAGGUGGAUUUGGCGAGGUUUGUGCCUGCCAAGUACGUGCCACCGGUAAGAUGUACGCCUGUAAAAAGCUGGAAAAGAAACGAGUGAAGAAAAGAAAAGGUGAAGCAAUGGCACUAAACGAAAAACGCAUUUUAGAAAAAGUUAACAGUAGUUUUGUAGUUAGUCUAGCAUAUGCCUAUGAGACCAAGGAUGCGCUGUGCCUGGUGCUGACCAUAAUGAAUGGCGGUGACUUAAAGUUCCACAUUUACAACAUGGGCAACUCAGGCUUUGAUGAGCAAAGGGCCAUCUUUUACGCUGCUGAGAUCUGCUGUGGCCUUGAGGACCUGCACCGUGAAAGAAUAGUCUACAGGGAUCUGAAACCAGAAAACAUCCUCCUGGAUGAUCGUGGACACAUUCGAAUUUCAGACCUGGGUCUCGCUGUUCAAAUCCCUGAAGGGGAGACGAUACGAGGGAGAGUGGGCACCGUUGGAUACAUGGCUCCCGAGGUGAUCCAGAAUGAGAGCUACACGUUCAGCCCGGACUGGUGGGGUCUCGGCUGCCUGAUCUUCGAGAUGAUCCAGGGCCAGUCGCCGUUUCGCAAACGCAAGGAGCGCGUCAAGCGGGAGGAGGUGGACAGACGGGUGCGGGAGGACCAGGAGGAGUACUCCGACAAGUUCUCGGAGGAGGCAAAGGACAUCUGCAGACAGCUCCUGGCCAAGGACCCCAAAGAGAGACUGGGCUGUCAGGGGCGCGGGGCCAUCGAGGUCAAGCAGAACCCCAUCUUCAGAAACAUCAACUUCAAACGGCUGGAGGCCAACAUGCUAGACCCUCCCUUCAGUCCAGAUCCGCGAGCCGUGUACUGUAAAGACGUCCUGGACAUCGAGCAGUUCUCCACCGUCAAAGGCGUGAACCUUGACCCCACGGACGAUGACUUCUAUCACAAGUUUGUCACAGGCAGUGUCUCCAUCCCGUGGCAGAAUGAGAUGAUCGAGAUGGAGUGCUUCAAAGAAAUCAACGUCUACGAGACGGACGGGACGCUGUGCUCAGACCUGGACGUGAACCGGCCCAACCCUCCACCAAAGAGAGGCUUCUUCUACCGCCUGUUCAGAAGAGAGGCAAGUGCUAGUGCUCCGGCAACUGUCCGAGGGGGUGGGGGCUAAGGUGUGUUUCAAGAGCGGUUACAGCGACGACGACAUCGAGGAGCCCUCACGACUUUAAAAACCACUCCCUCCACCUGCACCCCUCCGCCGCAGAACUUCACCACAAACUCCAACCGAGCGCAAAUCUUAGGAACUCAGUGAAUGUUGACCUGUAUUUAUGAGCUGUAUUAAAAGUGUAUAAUAAUUAAAGAAAAAAGUAUGAGUUUAAAGAUUUUGUACAUUUGUACUUGAAUUUAUGUCUAGAUGUAUAUUUUCACUAAAGGUUGUAUUGUACAAAAAGCCAUAAAAGUACCACUUGAAUGCAUACAUUACGUUUUUAUUUCCUUUAUUUUUAAUUUUUUUUCCUUUUUUUUUUCGGAAUGGAUAGUGUGUAUUGGGGAAUUUUUUUAAUUUUAUUUUUUUUAAGAAGCACAGUACAAAUAGUCUUUUUAUUUUUCUCAAUGUAGCAUAAGGCCUUUUUUUUUUUUUUUUUUUUUUUCUUUUCCUUCUAUGUGCUGUAUGUUUGUCGUUGAUUUGGCCAACGUGACGUGUUGUUUAGCACAUCAGCUCCACCUGGUCCCAAACUAACCCUUCACCUCAAGGCUCAGGUAGAUCUGACUGAAGCGUGUAGAUCCACAUGAUAUGAGGAGAAAUUAAUCCAGUCUGCCGUUGCUGUGUUGAUGCCGUGCUGCUUAAAGCUUUCACACGCGUUCCCUAAACCUCAAACUUAGCCUUAUUUCCUUUUAGGUUGACGCCCCCAUCUAGUUCCCUCUCCCCCCGCUGGUCCUGAUGCCAUGUGUACAGAACCGUCGUCUAGGUGCCAAACUCAGCUCUAGCAGAGAUGGAUUUAUUUCUGUCGAUCCUUUAGUCAGCGUUUCCAACAGUAAAGUACUCGUUGAAUACAGCGUAAACAUUGGAGAAGGUCCCACGAAGCCUGAUCUUUCAAGAUCUAUCGUGCGCUACAGGUGAAAAAGGCUCAGAACAAUAGUUUAGUAAUCAGUCUGUUACAUUUUUCACUCAGGCAGAAUGUUGUUCAUUUAUCUUUUAUUCCCCUCAUUUGUGCUUAUGUCGCACUCUCCGUCUUUUGCUUUCUUUCCUGGCGUGUCCAAGUUAUUGUCACUUGUUUCAUGUGUAGAUAAAGCCCUUUCCCGUGAGAUUUCUUAGUAAACCCACUUACCCCCCAACAACUAGUUGAGCGGUGAGAGCGAUGAUGAAGCUGUUGUUAGGGAGGCGACCUACAGCUCCAUCUAGAUUUUUAAGAAUGCAUCCAACUAACUUCCACUGACUCAGCAAUGUCAAGAUACAGCCUGCUUUGGUCCUUUGUGAUGACACCGCUAGCAGACCUCUGUUUAGACCCUGUGGCUUUAGCUGUGUUUGUGAUUAAGAUCCACUUUUUAGUGGUGAUAACAGCCGCCUCUGACUUCUCCAUUGUCGUCCGCGGUGUUGUUCUCUCAUGUCGUAAGGAAGGCUAGAGGCCGUCGCCUGUGUGUGUGUAGACCGGCAGAAACGGACCGCCACGCGUGUCCCAAAACACUCGCGGAACCACGGUUGUCGUGCGCUUCGUUAUAGAAGAAGCGAUUCCUUCCAUGUCAACCAAUCACGAACAAAUGUUUUUUCUAAUCGGGAUCCCAUUUGUUGACGACUUGUUUGUUCCCGCUGGCAUUUUCAGGAGGCAUUUGAAGUUUGAAGGCAGUUGCUGUUUACUCCCCACCACCUGUUUUUAAUGCUGUGAAUACCCCAUCUGGACAUGUUUUAUGUGUGUGGUGUGUGUUACUGUAAUGGCUAAUGCAGCUUUGUUCAGUCUAAUGCAUUCAAGUAAAUUAGCCCUACCCUCGUGCUAUUUAGCCACCGAAAAACAAUGGAUCGGUUUCGUUUUUUCCCCCCAACCGAAAAGCAAUGUCUGCAUUUUUUUUUCUCACUUGGGACUUGGGUAUUUCUUUGUUUCUGAGAAUUUAAGUACACAUUUAAAGUUUGAAAUGGUACGCCUGCAGUAAACCCUCCCCCACGCCCCAUCUAAUUCACCGAUUUGGAGACGUGGAUUCUUGUGAAAUUCUGCCCCCUGUUGCACAUUCCACCACCAGGAAUCAAAUGUGUGCAUCUCGCUGUCGCUGGCUUAUCGUCACUUGAGUUUGUGAGUGUUCUUAUUUUUUAUUUUUAUCUUUUGCUCUCAGGCACAUUUUGAAGCUGUUUUCGCUCGCCUGUGUAGAUUUCAGCCUUUUAGCUAUUUAGCCUCAAAAACCUUGUAAAUGAUGUAUUUCUAACAUGUAACUAAGCUCUAACACACAUUCACACGUCCUCGCAGGUAAACUGAACUGUGUCCGCCGCCCAUGCCUCUGUCAUCGUUUUGACGACCUUUACUUCUCAUACCAUCCAUAAAAUAUAGCAGUGAAGAAGUUCUGUUUAGUUUCAUUGCGUUAUGGUGUGUUUUGACAAAGACUAUAGGAAGUGUCUUUAACUUUUUUUUUCUUUUUUUUCUUUUCUUUUUUUUUUUUUGCCAAUAAUACCAAAAGCAAAGUUUUGUUAUCUGAAGAAUUUACUGAAGAAAGACUGACAGCCUUUAUUAAAUGUGCCAAUUACCAAGUUAAUUUCUGACAUCCAGUCUUUUUCCGUCCAUCCUGAGAGAUAUUCCUUCACAUAAAGGAACUUUAAACAGCUCAACAGUUUUGAAUGUCCGCUCUAAGUGCAUUGUAAUGCCUGUUUAAAAAGAAAAAAAAAAUGCAUAUGUUUUAUUACUCAAGCAUGUAUCGGUUUGUAAUACUUCAGGUUCCUUGUAUAUGUAAAUGAUGACCUUCUAGUGCCAAUAUAUCUCACUGGUAUCUGGGGACAACUCAAUGAAUGGCAAAGCGACCAGCUGAGUUGGCCCGGUUUGAAUACUUAACAAGCAUUCUUCCUCUCCUGCCUUUUUCCUCCGAGGCGCAGGGGGCGAGGGGGUCAGUUAAGCUGCUUCCCACCAAAAAACUGGGAUGGCCCUCACUCGGCAAUGUUUAACAGAGAGGGGUCUCUAGAUUCGGAAUGACCACGAAUAUAAAUCAGGAUGUUGUCAGUCAAAUAACAUUGGCAAGGAAAGGAGGAAUGGCAAGUUGAUUAUUGGUAUUCAAACUUGGCCUUGGACUUAUUGAUUUUUCUUCUUUUAUCUUUUUCUUUCUUUCAUUUUUUUUUUUUUGUAUCUGUACAGUCAUGUCGUUCAACCACUGCAGUCAUUGUUAAUUCUUGUACAAGUUGUAUCACUGGUUGUUGUACCAUAUCUGACAUUUGUAAUUAUGAAAUAAUACACUGCCAUUUGUAUAAAAAAAAAACUUGUUUCUUGA